UCUAUUAGCCACUAGAAGGCGCCGCAGGACUAAGAUCAGCACUGUCCUAUACAUAUGAGUGAUAUGUACUCAGGAUACAAGAAACAGCAGUGAUUGCAGAGAUGGGAUCAGCAGGUAGGCAGUACUAGCACCUGGAGCUGCCAAGAAAGAAGCCCAGUGAUGCACAGCCGGAGCACAUGGAAAAUUCCCAGCACUGAGGAUUAAAUAAACCAAGCAGCCUCCACAUCCCCUGUGCCUCCCGAAACACUAAGAUCCUGGAUUAUACAGAGUCAUCAUGUCUAACGGUCCAAAAAAGAAAAUUACUCAGAAGCUGAAGAAGACCCUUCCUGUGACGGGUCCCCAAGCUCCAACCUUGUAUGAGUUGAUGCAAUGGUACUGCCUGACCACCAACACACACGGCUGCCGGAGGAUAGUGGUGUCCAAGGGUCGUAUACGGAAAUGGAUCUGGAUUGUCCUGACGUUGAUUGCGGUGGCUCUGAUCUUCUGGCAGUGCGCCUUAUUGCUUAUGUCCUAUUACACCGUGAGCGUGUCCAUCACUGUGAACUUUCAGAAGUUGACAUUUCCAGCUGUCACCGUCUGCAACAUGAACCCCUACAGGUAUAGUUCAAUGAACAAAUAUCUGUCCGGGUUGGAGGCAGAAACUAUAAAAGCACUCAGGGAGAUAUAUGGAUAUACAAAACCCCCAAGUCGCAGGCGCAGAGAUGCGGAAAUGCCACAAGAAGUCACAGAAGAGCAGUUCAAUUACCUCAAUAAGAUUCAAUUGUUUGAGGUUAAAAGCAUACGCGGCAAUGAGAUCGACAUGGAAGAGAUUCCCACACGGAAAAGGAGCAGAAUGAACGCCAGAGUGGUUCACAGGACUCCCGAGACCACUGCCGGAAACAUUGUUGGCUACAAAUUGUGCGACCUUAACAACAGCAGCGACUGCACUAUAUUCACCUUCAGCUCGGCCAUCAAUGCCAUCCAGGAGUGGUAUCGGCUGCACUAUAUGAACAUCCUGGCCAAGAUACCUAUGGAAGAGAAGAUUUUGAUGGGUUACUCAGCCGAUGAACUAUUGAUUAACUGUUUUUUUGAUGGCAAAACUUGUGACGCUAGGAACUUUACUCUAUUCCAACACCCACUAUAUGGCAACUGCUACACUUUCAAUGAUGCCCAACGGAAAAAUUUGUUGGAUUCCUCUAUGGGUGGUGCCGAGGCUGGGCUGAAAUUAGUCAUCUACAUGGAUGAAGAAGAGUACAACCCAUUCUUGGUCACAGCAGCAGGUGCCAAGAUCUUAGUGCAUGAUCAGAAUGAUUUUCCAUUUAUUGAAGAAUCGGGGACGGAACUUGAGACGGGUACAGAAACCUCAAUCGGGAUGCAACUGACGGAAUCUUCCAAGUUGAGUAGUCCAUACAGUGACUGCACCAUCGAUGGGAAUGAUGUCCCUGUCGAAAACUUGUACAACAAGAAAUACACCUAUCAGAUCUGCCUGUACUCAUGUUUCCAGAAUGAGAUGGUGAAAACCUGCGGAUGUGCCCACUAUGACCAGCCAUUGCCUAAGGGGGCAAAGUACUGCAAUUAUGAUGAAUUCCCCAGUUGGAUUUAUUGUUACUUUAAGCUGCAUAAACAAUUUGUCCAGGAAGAGCUGGGAUGUCAGUCUACGUGUCGUGAGUCCUGCAGUUUUAAAGAGUGGACAUUUACAAGAAGUGUGGCGAAAUGGCCGUCAUUGAAUUCUGAGGAGUGGACAUUGCGGGUUCUGUCCUGGGAGCUGGGGAGCAGAUUACACAAGAACUUGACCAAAAAUGAUCUGGCAAAUCUGGACAUCUUCUACCAAGAUCUGAACCUCAGAACUAUUGCUGAAAGUCCUGCCUCCAGCCUUUCGAAUCUUCUUGCAAACUUUGGGGGUCAACUGGGCCUUUGGAUGAGCUGUUCUAUGGUCUGCGUGCUUGAGAUUGUAGAGAUAUUCCUCGUUGACUCUCUUUGGGUGGUUUUACGUCAGAAGUGGCACAAGUUCAUGAGAUGGUGGAGAAGCCGUAAAGAAGGAAAAGACAUUGAGCAACAUCGCGACACUGGCCACGACAACCCAUGCCUAUCGGAUGAAGAUCCACCAACAUUCAACACAGCUCUACAGCUACCUCACGCGGAGCACUGCCAAGUGCCAAGAACACCGCCUCCCUUGUACAGAUCUCUUCAGAUACAAUCAGACAUUGAGCAUUCUAGGGAAGAUGAAAAUGACAUAGAAAUAGAACAAAUGUAAAAUGAUCCUUCUUUUCGAGCAAACAUUUUCGAAAGGGAAGACAUUAUUGUCCAGACUUUUAUUUAGAAGCCAUAGUUCAAAAAGGGAUAAAAAAAAGAAAGACUGUGUGAGAGCUGGUUGUAUUUAAAACCUGUCCAAAGACAUUCAAUGGUUUUGAAGACUCCAUGUUUGUACUGUAUAUAACAUUCUGUAGCUAAAGGUAAAAAUAUGGGAGGAAUAUUUCAAUGCUGACACCAGAAAACUGGAGUGAAAAAGUCACAAGUUUUUGCACAACGCUCUCAAUUAUUGCACGAAACACUGAAAAAGUCCCAUUUUUGAGCAACACAAGGCUUGUGCGACAAUUUGCAACUUUUUUACACCCGAAAAUUGGCAUCAAAGCCUUGAUAAUUUUCCCCUAUGGUGCUAGUUUCAUAUUAUACUUCUUGAAGAUCCUCUAUCCCUCACAAUGAGCCACAACUGUGUAGGCGGAAAAUCAAUGUUUGUUACUGUAGCUCGGUCCUCUGACCACGAGUUCUUAAAUUAUUGUAUAUUACCGUGAUUUAUUUUGCACAUCUUGGUCCUCUGAAGGGUUAUAUCCAGGCGGUACAUACCAUCUGGAACACUAGUACUAAAAUAUUGCUAACUAUACCAGUAAAUUGGCCAUUUAAAGUCAAAGUCACUGUCCUAAAAAUAGUAUCAAAGCAAUUCUAAUCUAUGUAAUGGUAGGAGAUAUUAUAGGAAUUAUGUUGGAAUUAUUUUGUUUUUUAAUCAGGUGUGGUGAUUUAGUCACAAUGACCAGAUGCCACCCAUUGUCUAUGCUGAUAACUGAAGAAUUUGUAUUAUAGCGUCACCUGGUAGACGUCACCAUUAGGCUUAAAAAAAAAAAUGCUGGUUAAAAACAUUGUAUGGAUCAAAAGUGAACACCAAGGACAUGUGCCCCAGGUCUAUUAUUGGUGUUCUGAACCUAAGUCUUCCUAGCGUCCCCUAGUGCCCCAUGCUUGCUGCACAGUCUUCCAACACCACUGGCAUGGAUGGCUGAAAAACAAAAAGUCGUGACGAGAUGGACUAUCUGGACCACAAUGUUGACUUUAUGAAUGUAUCAAGCUUUCUCAGGUUUAUAAUGGGAAACAAAAGUCACCACCAUCUUACCGGGUUUAUUUGUUGACUUUUCUGACUGCAGACUGUGUACUGAAAAACCACAACAUACGGCACCAAUGAAUUGUUAGUUCAUGUAAAAUCAGAAAUAGCCGUACGUCUCUACAUCAAGCUUUGCCAACGUGAGGAACCAAAGAACUUCUAAUGUCUCUCAUGUUUGUUCCAUCUACUGGAGUCUUCAGUUUCAAAUGUUCCAUACAUCUUUUAGUGACUACCGAUUAAGUCUUGUUUUAUAUUUUACUGUUGUCAAUAUGCUAUAGGACAAUUGUGCUGUGCACAAAAUGCUGCUAUAUACAAUAUUUAUUGGCCUGUUCUAUGGCCACAGAAGAAGGGGUCAAUCAAUACAACAAAGUAUGUGCCUUCAGGUUAACAAAAAAAAGGUUGAAUGUAUUCCAUGUUUUCACAGUUGCGUGGUUCAACUUGAGCAUGAAAGUUGGUAUACGCACAUAACAUUUGACGAUAGAUUGUAGAUCUCAUACAAGUGUAUGAGACAUAUAUGUAUAUGAUGUUAUAUUUAAGAUAGAUCAAUGUGAAUAUUUUUUUUUUUAAUAAAGUUGUG